AUGACACAGACGAACGCGCAGGCCAUGGAUGGCAGUCCACAGCAACAAAGCAACCUCUUCCUCAUGGGCUCUCAGCCCAUGGUACCGCAACCGCUCCAGCUACCGGUGCAGCAGCCCAUGACAUCGAUGGCUUCAAGUGUGGCACAGUCACAGGCUCAGCACAUGCAUAUGCAGAUGCAGCAACGCCAGCAGCAGCAACAAUUUGCAGCCGCAAUGGCAGCUCGACGAAACGCUCAGCAACAGCAACAAGCUGUCACAAUGGCGGCGAUGAUGGGGCAGCAGGGAGUCCCAGCAUCAGCAACUCAUGCUGUGCACCAAUCGCCGCAGAUGAAUGCGAAUCCUGGCACGAAUAUCCAUGUAGCUUCGUUAAUUGGAAACCAAGGGGUGAACCUCCAGGCCAACACACCUAGUGGAGUGUCUACACAACCACAUCAGCUUCAUCAACAAAUGCUUCCUGACGCCAACGGUGCAACUCCUCCGCAUUCGUCACAAACGCCAGUUGUGCUAGCAGCAUCUGCGACUUCCAAUCCCUCGGAAGAGCCCUGCGUUGUAUGCAGGAAGAAGGGCGAUAUCUUCACGUGUAACGGUGGCUGCGGUCUCCAUGCACACCCAGCCUGUAUUGGUGAAGAUGCAAUCUUCCCAUUUGUGGUCGGACAGCUCUGCGGAAGCUGCUUCAUUGUGCAACAGAACCGAGCAUCACCUGAAGAUCUAACUAAAGGUGGACCACAUGCGUUAUCGGUGCGACGAGCGAUCUUGUGCUUAAACUUGGAGACCAACAGCAACUCAAGUUUCGACAAGUUUGGUCAUUUGGCGUCGUUGCGUCUGGGAGAAAUAGGAUCGAGAGCUUGCAUCGCCCAUGGUCUGCACGGCAAAGUAAUCGAGCUCAUGAAAGCUCGAAAAUUCUCCGUAAUGGAUUUUUUUGGAUGGCAUCCUGCCAUCGAAGGCCCCAAUGUGCGAUGCUCCAGUUUGUGCGCUAUCUGCGGGAUUCGUAACCCACCUGAGUUGGACAUGUGCUCGCGCUGUCACCACAAGCUCGUGUUCCCGUCCGCAUUCACGAAGUAUGUUAGCACCCUCCUUGCUGCCUUCUAUGCAGAACAAGUGGGGAUUCCGCUUGGGGCCUCCACAUUGGACGUUUUUGCGCACACAAAUACCAUCCGAGGAAUGUACAAGGGACUUCGGCCAUUUGACGCUGAUGGUGUCGUUUGGGAUGUGUUCACAGACCAGCUACGAAUGAUAUUCGGCUUUUUAGAUAUUAUGAGCAAUUUCGGAACGUUGCAGCUCAACCCCGAUCUGUUCGUGCCCGAGAUGAACAUUAUCUUCAAUCCUGCCUACGUGAACCAAGCGAUGAUAACCAACGAAUUCGAAGUCGUCGGGAAAUUUCUUCAAUGCAUGAAGCUGUUCGGUGACGCGAAAAGCAAGGAGAACGAAAACAUGAUCGGAUCUUGUGAGCGGUACCUGCUAUUCAAGCACCUUCCUAAUGGAAGUUGGUGUAAGAUAAAUGGAUCAACGGUGGAACAGUACAAGGCUACGGUCACGUGCUCGAAAGCACUACUCACUCCCACCUUCCGCGGAUAUGGCCCUAUAUCGCACGAAUUCCAACGCCUCCUAGAGAAAUGGGCCCGCAACGCAGCGCCAAAGCUUCCCUCUGCUGCCAUGACUGGGGGGAAACAGCCAGCGGAUAGCAACAAAGUGAAGCUGCUUGCAUCCGGAGCUACUGUAAAAACGAACACCCAGGCGAGACUUAAGCGUCUCGAGGCAAUGUAUAAGAAACUUGAAGCGGAGUCGAAAGCAGCAGCAGCAGAAGGCAAGUCAGUUAAGACUAAGGAUAAAAUCUCGGUUAAGGUGGAGGUUGGCAGCAAGGAAAAGACCCAACCUGCCGAGAACGAGGCGGGUUCAGAACAAGAGGCAACGCCGGUUAAGAAAGAGGAGGGGGCUGCUGAAAGCACGACCGAUUCAGAGGACGUUAAAUCCGAACAUCAUGAGGAAAGUGGCUCAGUAGCUUCUGCAGCAAAGGAUCAGGAUGAUGAUGACAUGCUUACAAGCAUGAGUCUCCACGAGGACCUAGAAAUAUUUGACGGUCUUCAGUUUGAGGAUGGCGGGGGCAUCAUUGACAUGAAUUUCUCCUCGCUGGGACCGCAAGGAGACACGGAAGAGCAUGCCAUCGAGGAUGCUGACGGCACGGAUGCACCCGGGCAAAAUGACGAUGCGGACGAAACUAUGGACGAGCAUGUUGUCGACGAUGAUGAUGAUGAUAAUGAAGAUGACGGCGGUCAUGCUGCUGGAGAAAUGCCUCAGCAGGAGACGUCGACUGACGAGGCCAUGGAAACAGCCGACAAUGGUGAAGCUACCACAGAUUUCCCAGAAAUGUAA